AUGGCAUUAAAUAAUUCAGAAUAAGUGAUUAAAUUUUUACGUGAAACCGAGAAAUUAGAUUCAGCAUCAUAUUAAUCGUUAUUGAAAUUAGCUGAGAAUAAGCCAAUUCAUCUUUACGAGAUUGGGAAACUUACAAAAUUAUUAUUAUUAGGUUCCAGAUAUUAAGUAAUAUUUUAUACACUAUUUGGUCUUGGAUAUAUGGGGAUAAUAGGAUAAUAAAAAUAUUAAUAACUGUUGGUUGAUCUAGAAAAUGUAGAUAAAACUAAGAAGUAUUAUGAAAUGUAAAAUUACAACAUAAAUUAGAAAACAAGAUAAAAUUGAGUCUAAAAUUACAAAAUUAAAAGUGGUAGCCAUAUUAUUUGGAUUAACAUCAACACUUGGUCUUUUUGUAACUCAAAGAAUGGGCUAAAAAAUCCCCAAAAGUUUAUGGUUUUAACCAAAUGGUGAAUUCAAAUUAACAUUUUACUCAUUCUUUGGAUUUAAGAAGCACAUUACAGCACCAAUAUCUGAUUUUUAACUUUGCACUUCAUCAAGUAAAAUAAAUAAGACUGUUAUGAUGCGAUAUAAAAAUAAGGAAUUAUCCACGAUUGGUACAGGAGUAUCGCAUAGUAAUCUAAUUAGAUAUUUGAUAUCGGCUUAGACAAAGACGGAAUAAAAGAUUUGAG